GCACCUGCCGCUGCGCACCUGACCCAGGUGAGCCCCGGGCGGCAGGUGCGGGCGGGCGCCGAGUGGCCGCGGCGGCGCGCAGCCGGCCUCUGACCCGUCCAGGCGCCCCGACUCACCUGCCGCAAGGACAGAAAGAGAGCAAGAGCCCUGCCCCGCUCUUGGGACCUGCUCGGCCUGGAGUCCAGUGGAGCUGGGGUGGCCACAGCACUGCCUGCCUGCCCCAAGGAGGCUCUGGCCACACCAUGGCAGAUGACUGUCUCGGGGAUCCCCACUUCCUCUCCCCACCUGGAAACCAGGUCCUGAGGCCUACCGUGGGUGAAGUGGUCACUCUUAAUUGCACAGCCUGGCUGGCCUCAGGGCCCCACUGCCCCAAGCCCUCCAUCCAGUGGCUGAAAGACGGGCUGCCACUGGUGAACAGAAGCCACGCCAGCCUCCUCCAGACGGAUGACUGGUCCAGUGCCAACCUGUCCGAGGUGUUUACGAGCAGUAUUCUGGGGGUCAACCUGACCAGCGUGGAGGACUAUGGGACUUUCACGUGCACCAUCAGGAACAUCACCUCGGCCCCCUUCACUCUCCGGAGAGCUGGUCCCGCAGGCCACGUGGCAGCAGUGGUGGCCUCACUCUCGGUCCUGCUGGCCCUGCUCCUGGUGGCGCUGCUCUAUGUGAAGUGCCGCCUCAAUGUGCUGCGCUGGUACCAAGACGCCUACGGGGAGGUGGAGGUGAACGAUGGGAAGCUCUACGACGCCUACAUAUCCUACAGUGACAGCCCGGAGGACCGGAAGUUCGUGAACUUCAUCCUGAAGCCGCAGCUGGAGCGGCGUCGGGGCUACAAGCUCUUCCUGGACGACCGCGACCUUCUGCCGCGGGCUGAGCCCUCCGCCGACCUCCUGGUGAACCUGAGCCGCUGCCGGCGCCUCGUCGUGGUGCUGUCGGACGCCUUCCUGGGCCGCGCCUGGUGCAGCCACAGCUUCCGGGAGGGCCUGUGCCGCCUGCUGGAGCUCACCCGCAGACCCAUCUUCAUCACCUUCGAGGGCCAGAGGCGCGAGCCCGUGCACCCUGCGCUGCGCCUGCUGCGCCAGCACCGCCACCUGGUGACGCUGCUGCUCUGGAGGCCGGGCUCUGUGGCACCAUCCUCUGAUUUCUGGAAGGAGCUGCAGCUGGCACUGCCCCGGAAGGUGCAGUGCCGGGCUAUGGAGGGGGAUCCCCAGACCCAGCGGCAGGAUGACAAGGACCCCAUGCUGAUUGUGCGAGGUGGCAUCCACGACAGUCACACUCUGGGGCCAGAGUUGGAUCCUGAUCCUGAGGGAGACCUGGGUGUCCGGAGACCUGUGUUUGGACAGUCACUGGCCCCACUGCAGGCAGGUGGAGGGGGACGGGGCAGUGAGCUGGACAUCUCGGACCUGGGCUCUCGAAACUACGGUGCCCGCACAGACUUCUACUGCCUGGUGUCCAAGGAUGACAUGUAACCACUCUCCAUCCCAAAACUGAGGAGAGUGAUGAGGGAGGUGGAGGCUGGGGGUGAGGGGCUGUGCUCCGUAGGACGUGGGAGCCAUCCCUGCACCCCUACAACCCUCACCCCUUCUUGUGCCAGAAAAUAAAUUUCUUUUGGAUGC